CAACUCGGGGCGUCAGUGUGCGGCAAGACUCCACUGGGUGUGGAUGCGACCGCCGUUCUCUCCGGUGUCAGUGCGUGAGUGAUUCUGGAAACCGCAAUAGGCUUUGAGGGUUUGAUGGUGAUUCAAGCUUUAUUUUGAACUCGCACGAAAGGAGCACCUCUCAUUCCACAGUUCUUUUAGCAAGACCUGAGGACCCAACAUGGCGUUACCGGAUGAAAGUGUGAUCAUCGAAGGGUUUGAAGGCCCCCAUAUAUCCGUGAAUAAUAUCUCCUACGUUCAGGAAACCUACGUCCAUGAGGGAUACAGGUGUUCCUCAGAGGGCCUGCUGCUGCCGAUUAUCUCAGAAUACACCUGGUCGGAGGGAGUGCGAGCCUUCCUCUACCUGGUCGGUCUCCUUUACUGCUUCAUGGGCGUCGCCAUUAUUGCGGACAUCUUCAUGGGCGCCAUCGAGAAGAUCACGAGCAAGACGAGGAAGUAUGACUGA